AUGAGUUCCCCUAUAAUCCUUGAUUUGUCUCAUAAUAGCUUGAAUGGUGUAAUUCCAGAGUGCUUGGGAAACUUUAGCAAUGUACUCAGGGUGUUAGAUCUUGGGAUGAAUAACUUCCGUGGAAACAUUCCUGUCACAAUUGCAAAACAAAACAAGUUGAAACAUUUUCCCGUAAGCUCUCUUGAGGUUCUUAAUUUGUCUCAUAAUAACCUGAGUGGUGUAAUUCCAGAUUGUUUGGGGAAUUUCAGCAAUGCACUCAUGGUGUUAAAUCUUGGAAUGAAUAACUUCCAUGGGAAAAUUCCAACUAUAUUUGCAGAGGGAAACCAAUUGAGGAAUAUUGACUUAAAUGGGAAUCAAUUGGAAGGUCCCGUGCCACGAUCUUUGGUAAAUUGUACACACUUGGAAAUUCUAGACUUGGGAAAUAACAUUAUAGAUGACACAUUCCCCUACUGGUUGGAGUCUCUUCCAGAAUUGCAGGUUCUUAUCUUGCAAUCAAAUAGAUUUCAUGGUCCAAUAAACACUUCGAGGAUUAAAGUUCCCUUUCCUAAGCUUCGAAUCAUAGACCUCUCUCACAAUGAGUUCACUGGACUUCUGCCAGUAACAUAUUUCAGAAAUUUCAAAGCCAUGAGACAUGUGGAUAAAAAUAAAACAGCCUUGAAAUAUAUGGGGGAAAAUUAUUAUCAAGAUUCUGUAAAACUAGUCAUAAAGGGGUUGAAUGUUGAACUAUCAAAUAUUCUAUCCAUCUUCACAACAAUUGACUUCUCAGACAAUAAAUUCAAAGGAGAGAUUCCAAAUGUCAUCGGAAGGCUACAAGCUCUCCGAUUGCUUAAUUUUUCUCAUAACUCCCUGACGGGUGAUAUUCCAUUAUCAUUGGGAAAUCUAUCAAUGCUUGAAUCAUUAGACCUCUCUUCGAACCAACUCACUGGGGAUAUUCCAGAGCAACUCACGACUUUGACGUUUCUUGCAGUCUUAAACCUUUCAAUGAACCAUCUAGUCGGACCCAUACCUCGAGGCUAUCAAUUUGAUACAUUUCAAAAUGAUUCAUAUGUUGGGAAAGUGGGAUUAUGUGGAUUACCCUUGUCAAAGGAAUGUGGAGAUACUGAGGCAAAACAUCAACCACCUCUUGUAUUUCAAGAGGAAGGUGAUACAAUUUUUUUAGGUGGAUUUACUUGGAAAGCUGUGGCGAUGGGGUAUGGAUGUGGAAUGGUAUUGGGAUUGGUUAUGGGAUAUGUCAUGUUCUUAAUUGGAAGACCAAAGUGGUUUGCCAGAAUUGUUAAAGGAGAACAACAUAGGAAUGUGAAAAGUAUAAAGCAGAUUGGUUACCAAGGAGGUAUGAGAAGAAAUCAACAAACUUAGAAGGCGUUUUCAGGUAUGAUGUUGAAGUUCUGCAUUUACUUGUAUUAAAUUAAUAAAAAUAUCCAUUUUCAUGAUUGUCACAUCUAUAGUUAAUGUAACCUAACAUCAUAGACAGUUGGCAUUAUAUAAAGGUGUGGAAAUAGUUUCAUAUUUUUUUUUUAUCAGCAAAGAAAAAUAAUACAUAAUUGUGCACGAAAUUAAAUUUUCUCAAAAUAUGAUUUUCCCA